UAAAUAUUUCACAUUGAAAGUAAGCCGUCAACAAUAUCACAACAAUUGUUACAAUAUAAAAAAUGGAAGCAAUGAAGCCUAUUAAGCAGUUGGCACUGGAAACCUACAACGUAACGCUCAAUCGUGAGCUGUUCAUCAACGAAUGGGCUCAAGAACGCUUGAGUUUUGGGGAACCCCUGUGGUAUUUUCUCAGCCAACGUCUGGAGCCUAACAAUAUCUUUAACAUCUUUAUCCCGCUGAGCGGCAUCUUCAGUCAGGAACUUCUCUUACAUCUACUGUCGGCUCUUACCCUGGUCAGCACACUGAACUCCUUUGAAAAGUGGAUCUAUCCUGAGAUACGUCCCCUUUGGUUUCUGCGCGAACAGUUUGCCAAUAACAAAUUGCCCGUUAAGCCGGCCGUGGCUCUGGAGAGCCAUCAACUUAGCUGCGAAACGAGUGGAGGACUGCCCUGUGCCCAUUCGAUGACCUUCACCGUGUUCGUCCUCAUCCUGGCCACCCACAUCUUCGUCCGCCUCUGGGAUCGCUUCAUAUUCUGGCGUUCGCCCUGGUACCGCUGCGUCAUGUAUCCACUGGUUAUAGGCUUGGUGGUCUGCAUGUGGCUCAGUCGUCUCUACCUGGCCACCGAGUUUCUGCACCAGUGCAUCUUGGGUAGCUACUUCGGGAUCAGGGCUCUCAACGCCUUCGAGGCAAACCUUAAGUACCUAUUCUCCCGACAACGUGGCUAUGCGGCUGCUUCGGUUUGCUUUUUGGGAGCUCUGGCAGGAUCGAUGUAUUUUAUAAAGCUGCACCUGGAUAUUGAUCCGCAUUGGUCUGUGCGUCAGGCCUUCAAAUGGUGCCCGGAGCCCACGUAUAUGCGCCACGAAGCUAGCCCCGUUUUUGCCCUGGUCAGAGAUCUGGGUAAUCUUAUGGGUCUGGCCCUGGCAUCGCCCCUAUUUAAUCUCGAAGUCAAGGAAGCCACAUUUUGGCGACGUUGCCGAGUCCUGGGAACUUUGGAGUUCGUCAACUACGGAUUGCGCGUAGCCACGGUAAAGCAGUAUGGCCGAUUUGCUUUCUUGAGCUAUGAGUUCUCAAGAAAUGCCUUUCACUCUCUGGCACUGGUGAAGUUCGUCCCAAAUUUUUACUAGAGUAAAACCCAUUUUGAAAUUUUGUACAGAUAAACACAUAAGGCAGUUUAAUAAAUCAGACUAUAAAUUAGAA